UCUCCUGGCAACGUUCACCCAGAAAAGACUUCCGGUGCUGGCUUAGGGAUGAGCCACUGCUCAGGGACUGGCAUGAACCUCCAGCAGGCAGAAAACGGGAUGGAAACGCCAGAACCCUCUCCUCCAAGUGCUGAAGACUGUCCACUCACUCAGCAACCCCUGAAGAGCAAGGUGGGGAUCCCUAGGACCGCAGCUGAAUGCAAAAUGAGGGCACAGAUGGAUGGAGCACUCCCGCAGAAUGGAGUCCAGAACUGUGAAGGGCAGUAUGUGAGAGGGGCCUUGGAGAUGCCACACCCAUCAACUAACUCUACCCCCAUGAACACUCUGGGGUGUCCCCUUCUUGAUAAAGGUAUGAGAGCAGGUGAAGAGGAUGGAGCAGAAGAGGAGCUGUCCCUGAGACCAGCUGCCUCGGAGACCCUGGGCUGUGCAAGCCCCACUGGUCCCUGCCCCCCCCACGUGAUGGCACAGGUGCGGGUACGGAACCCGCCGGAGCGUGAGCGCAUCGUGCGUGGCAUGCAGGACAGCAAGAGCCUGGAUGAGAUCAGCCAUGCGUGUGGGGGUGCGGGGACCCGGGGCCGGCUGGGGCAGCCUGAGGGCCGCAGGGCCACCAUCUCCAGCGCCCUGGAGCUGGAGGGCACGGUCAGUCACGAGGGAGACCUAACACACUUCAUCACCAGGAACUUGGAGCACAAGAUCAAGAUGAGCUCCAGACGCAGCCUAGAUUCCAGCUACUUGGGCCGGAGCCGGGGCUCUCUGCGGCGCCCAGCCGACAUCCCCCCCAUCGACCCCGGUGUGCUGCUGGACCUGCAGAGGCACACGCAGGAAGUGGCCCACAGUGUGGAGUUGAUGAUGCGCAGCCUCAAUGGAACCAUCCAGAACAUGACGGCGCUUAGCGUGGGCUAUAUCCAGACCUACAGAGACUCUGUGGACAGCCUGGGGGAAGCGGUGGACAUGAGCAUCAAGGGGAUGUACACGCUGAUGGCCCGCUGUGAGGAGCUCGAUCGCUGCAUGCAGCCCAUCCACGUCCUCGGGAAGCAGAUCCGAGCCAUCAAGCGCACCCUGGACGCCAUGGAGUCACUCUGCAAAUAGCAUCAGCACUGUGGUGCCACCCUGACACAAGUGAUGCCUCUUUGGUUGCCAUGGUGAUGUCGUUCCAGUAGCCAUGGACAUGCCGUUCAUACCGCCCCACCUUGCUGCUCACCAGUGAGAUGCACUUCACUGCACCAGUUUCCCCGGUAAUAACCAGACCACAGCCAGUGAUACUUCGGGCUGCCUGCAUAAGACUCCACCCACUGCCCCACCCCCA